AUGUCAUCAUCACAAAGGAAUGAAGGAAUGAACCGCUUUUUCAAAACAUAUGUAGGCUUAAACACGUGUUUGAUACAAUUCAUGAAGCAAUUUGAGGCAGCUCUUAGAGGAAAAGUGGAAGAGGAAAAGAAGUUACAUCUCGACUCACAAAAUAAACCAUAUACUUAUAACAACACCCUAAUUGCGGAGGUAGUGUUCUGCAAGGCAUACACCAAUACAAAGUUUAAAGAGGUGAGGGGUGAGGUGAUGGGUCUGACGCACACAAAUAUUGUGAGUACUGGCCGUGACGGCACAAAAAUCUUAUAUGAUGCGGUGGAGAAGAUCCCAAUCCCCGUACAUAAAGCAAAGCAGAAGACUUUUCAGGUUACCAUUGACAAAGAAAUGGGUGAGUUUACUUGCUCAUGUAUGCUUUUUGAGUUUCGGGGAAUUUUGUGCAGGCACAUCAUUCGUGCGAUUCAUUGUCAGGAUGUCAACUCUAUACCUGAUAAGUACAUUUUGACUAGAUGGAGGAAAAACGUAGUUAGGGAUUACGAGAGUAUCAAGGUUGAGUAUUAUGACCCAAAUGACUCAACCCAAGUGAAAAACAGUAGGGAGGUAGCAAAACGGAACAACUACAUUUCUACGUUGGCACUGCACAACAGUGAGACACUCUCGAUUUUUAUGGAAGCCACUGAAAAAAUGCGUGAGAGUCUCGAAGAUACAAUUGGUAUUAAGAGGACUGAUGGUGAUGAUUUUAUGGACUGGUGGGACCCUUCGAGUAAGAGGGUGUUUGGCCGCCGUAGGAUAAGGCCAAAGGAAAACAAUAAACAACACCUCGAACGCUCCGCAGUGCCAGUUGAAGGGGCCAGUAAAGAUCCGAUAGACCAAAGAGGCAAAGGUAGGGCUCAAGAGAAAAGGAAAAAGCACCCAGCUGAGAAAAAAACAAGGAAAAGGCGAAAAAAUGUUGUGCACGACACAGACGAGGAUAUGGACGAGGAGAAUGAUGAGGAAUUGCCAAAUGGAGAACAAGGCCAUGUUGAUGCUGGUAGAAGUGCUGGUGUAACUGAUUCUUACUACGGUGGAUAUCAAUAUUACGGCGGAAAUUUUAUCAAUCCGGGAUACAAUCCUAACUUUUUCGCACCCAGCAGCAGUAAUUAUCGUCCGAAUAUAUAUCUGAACCAGCAACCACUUGGAAGAGGUUAUCCCAACUUCAGCGUGAGGAAUCCGCAACAGCUUUCACAGUCAUACAUGUCGCAAGGAUCAAACCAAUAUUCAGCUAUGCAUCCAGGCUUUUGA